CUUAUAUGAAACUGGGUUUGAUUCAAAACCUAUGCAAGUGCAUCAAACAGUUUCAAUUUAAUAUAUUGCCACAAAAGCAACGAAAAUUGCUUUCUUGCAUCGACUAAGAAGUUGUUCUUGAAUACUCGUUGCUACGUGGAUUUUCGCGAGUAAGUGAGGUGUUGGUGGAAUUUAAACAAAAAAAAAAAAUGUGUACAGUACAGUUUGCUAUCUAUAUCGAACAUUUCGGUUUUAAUGAAAAUUUAAUGCCGGUAUUUGAUGCAUACUGCAGAGGAUACAAUCUUUACUUGAUGAGUAGAUAUUAAAAUCUAUAAUAAAUAGGAGUAACUAAAAUAAGGGACGCCGUGCCAGGGGCCAUCCAGCACCGGCUGACCACGAGGUGGAGGAGAGCGACGUCAGGGCCGCUUAAGCGAUGAGCCGGUGGCCGAGUCGCCCAUGGACCACCCCACGACGGUGCAGGUGUAUUUUAGCGUGGGGCAGCGCCACGAGGCAGCGCUUUUCCGCUCCGACUCGCCCGCGGAACAGAUUAAAGAUUUGUUCAGAUCUGCCGCCGAGGCUGGACCCCGGGACAUUCUGAAACUGUACAACACCGCAGGCCAGUUGUUGAACAUCAGCGGCGAUCUACCACCGAACACUCCAGACAGCAGGUACUCUCUGCAAGUGGUGGCCGCCAACGGGUUCGCUAUGCUUCAGGAGUCGACAGGAAAUACCUUGAAAGCUUUGGAAGCUCGCGUAUCCGCAAUAGAAAGACAGUUGAGGUCUGAGCUGCCACUGCCGCCUGCUGUGGAAGAACUCCAAAGACAAGUGGAUGAAUUCCGGGAAAAGCUGGAAACCACGGAGAGUCUGAGCUGGCUCGGAUUCUACAAGCAGCUUCCGGAACCGAUUUCCAGUGAAGAAUGUCGCCGUCUGCAAUACCGGAGAAAGAGCGAUUCCGUGAAAAAGAGGGUCAAGCAGAACUUCGCGAAUAUAUGUGAGGCUCAAGUGUCGGAUACGAUCCGGCAGUGGCUGAGGACACCUACGUUCGAUGCGCGGCCCUGGGAGGACGAAGAACUGCUCCUUCUGCUUCAACAAAUGUAUCUCGACUAUGAUCUCUGUUCAAAGUUUGCUAUAGAUAUAAAUACGCUUAGAAACUUCCUCUACGAAGCCUACAAGAAUUAUAACGACGUGCCGUUUCACAACUUUAGGCAUUGCUUCUGUGUCGCACAAAUGAUGUACGCCAUAUCCUGGAGCGUGGAUUUACCAUCCAAGAUUGGCGAUUUAGAAGUACUGAUUUUAAUAACAUCAUGCAUCUGUCACGACCUAGAUCAUCCCGGUUACAACAAUAUUUAUCAAAUCAACGCAAAAACCGAACUGGCAAUUCGCUAUAACGACAUCUCACCAUUAGAAAAUCAUCAUUGUAGUGUGGCAUUCAGGAUACUCGAAAACGAAGACUGCAACAUUUUCAAGUCUUUCAAAAGUGAGGAUUUCAAGCAAGUGCGAGAAGGGAUUAUAAGAUGUAUUUUAGCGACUGAUAUGGCGCGUCAUAACGAAAUUCUCACGAACUUCAGGGAGAUUACGCCAAAUUUUGAUUACACUGACAAAGCUCACGUGAAUUUACUUUGUAUGGUUUUGAUAAAAGUGUCCGAUAUAUCAAACGAAGCUCGACCGAUGGACGUAGCGGAACCAUGGCUCGAUAAGCUUCUCCAAGAAUUCUUCAAACAAAGCGAUGCCGAGAAACUGGAAGGUUUACCUGUCACCCCAUUCAUGGACAGAGAGAAAAUAACGAAACCCUCGUCUCAGUGUUCAUUUAUCGGCUUCGUCCUUCUCCCUUUGUUCGAAGCGUUGGGAGAAUUACUUACAGAGUUACAAGAUCUCAUUGUUCAGCCGGUUAGGGAAGCGUUAGAAUAUUAUAGGAGAUUAAAUGAAGCCACGAGAGAGGAGAGACUUCACAGAAAGAGUAUAGUAUCCGAACUGACGGAGCAGCACACGCCGUCUACGCAAAGCCCCGACAGCACUGCUACUGUUCCCAAAUCGCUUUCGAAUGCCAGUGUUAAGCUAAAAAAGAGUCUCAGCUUCCAGCAGAAUAGAUCGAGAUCCCGAUCAACAGACGAAGACACAGACCCAAGUUUCGGCAGUGGUAACAUCAUCGGUGAAGAACAAAGCCUAGAAGACGUAGUUGAAGACCCCGAAAGCGGCGAAUCAGAAACAGCGACUGAAGUAGAAGUUUCGGAAAAAGCUCUCAAAUUCAAAAUAUCAACAGAAAGUAGCGUCGGCACAGGACGAAAGAGUUAUCCCGGCUCAAGAAAAGGUAGUCGCGAAAGGGUUCAGCAUUUCAAUAGUUCCGAUCUCGCUCGAAUGAUCCAGAAAAGCAAAUUGCGAUCUGCAGGAUUCAGCUUCGACCAACACUGUAUGAUCGGCAACAAGAAAUUAUCUUUUGACACUCCGGAAUUCUUAGAUGAAUACGCUUUGACGUUAAAGAAAAGGUUUGACGAAGGACUCGACGGUGAUCGAUCUGACGGAGAAGACGAGAAAUUACGAAAAGAAGGAGAAUGCGUUGUUUCUAAAGAGACUUUGAAUCUGAACAAGCGCAACUCGGAACAUUUAGUGAAAAUUCCUUCCAGUAUCGAGGAGAAAAAAAGUAUUCUAAAGUGUUCUGACAAUAAAUCGUUUAGCAACGCGGAGAAGCUGAAGAUGAAUAACGUUAAGUCUUCGACGCAGGACGACGAGGAAAAGAUGAUCAGCGUCAACAACAGGAAGAACAGCGUUCAAAACAUGUCGCGUGUGAACAAUACCAGUGAUAACGUAAACAGUAUUUCUUCGGAUAAAGACGAAAUUAAAAAAGUGCAACAAAGUGAAAGUCCCCCGUGCGAGACCAAGAACAGUCGAUCGAUUUUUUCGCGUUUUCGUCAGUUCACAGAUAGAUUCGGCCUAUCGGUAGAUAAAGACUCGAAAGUGAAGCACUCAAAGAACAACAACAGCACUCGUACUUCGUUUCCUCACAAGAGCAAAAGCAACAAGAAGUUGGAAUCUCCGUGCUGUCGAAGUUUAGAGGAAGUUGGCGAUCGUAAGGCGAGCACUUUACCCAAAACCAAAAAUAAGAAAGCAUGGAAAUUUUUGGUGUUGAGUAAAGAGAAAGAUAAGUUGGAAGGAUGGGCGUCGGACGCCGCUGUGGACAAGUUGGCGGCGGUUACCAACGAUACUGACAAUCAAUCUUUACCGUCUACCUCACAGCUGCAGAGCAAUUGCGCUAGUCCCAAAAGCCGGUUCAACAAAGUGGAAGUCGUCAGCAUGAGAGAGUUCAAAGUUGAAGCUUUGGCGGAAAAUUUCGGCGAAUUGAAAAAGGAAGAACAGCUGAUUAUCGACAAGGGUAAAGAGAGUAGCCUGAUUUGACACGAGAUCAAUCCUCCAGAGAGGGAGAGCUUCGCUAGGUACAUAUUCUGUCGCUGUUGUAAAUAUAAACCAAAUGUCAGAAACAAUGUGUAGAAGACGUAUUCGUUUUCGUUUAUUUAUUUAUAUUUAUUUUUUGUUGUAAAUAUUAUUUUUGUCUAAAAUUUAUUAUGUAACUGUAUAACUGUAUAGUGCGUCGUAUUUUCGAACAUAUCCAUCCUUUCAAUAGAGGUAACCUGUGGAAAUAGCUGUGGUGUUUAAUCCGACGUUCGCGAAGUAAUACAGCUAGUAAAUGGGUACUUGCUCUUACUAUAAAGCUGUCUUCUUACAUGACUGUAAUAUCAAACAAUGGUACAAAUCAAAUUAUCAAAAGUAGCAGCACGAUGUUUAAUACCGGAUAAUGACUUGGAUAUUAAAGUUAUUCUCAUUAAGUCAAUUUUCCGUAGUUAAUUAUUUAUUGAUUACAGUAACGAAGAAAACCUAAUUAUGUUUUAUAAUAAAACAGUUUUUGUAACAAUUUUUUACAAGAUAUUGUUUAUAAAAGAUAUUUAUAAACUUCUAUGUGAUUCUAGUCUAAUAAAAAUGAUAUUUAGUUCAAUAUUAUUUUUAUGUGUGCAUUUAUUAGAAUUAGGAAAGCUGUAGAACUAUUUUCGUACAAGAUACGAUUAUUGUUAUCUUUGUUUUAGCUAAAGUAUCCAAAAUUUAGUACCAGUUGCAUCCUUUACCUCAUGUUAGUAAAAAAUGUACUGUAAUGAGAAUGACGUAGCGACGAUCUGGUGCUAAAAUUAAUUUGUUUUUCUAUAUUACGACAAAUGUUGUGAUCAUGAGAUUGUUGAUUCUGUGGUUAUAUUGUUUUAACACUUUUUUCCAUACUUUUCUUUUCAAAAUAUGAGGACCACUGAAGCCUGUAAAAUCCUUUUUAUCUUCUAAUGAAAAAUCUAUAUUCUUCCUAUUGCUAGAUAAAUAAGUGAUAUAUUUAGAAAAUAACAGUAAAAUAUUUUAAUUAGAAUUAUGUCCAUAU